AAUUGCUCAAUACGCUCUGCAAUAACUCCUCGCUGCCACAUUUUCAUCCAUCUGUUUUCCCUUUCUUCUUCACUACUUCACUCUUCUCUCCUCUCCUCUUCUCUCUUUCUUCUUCCUCUUUGGUUCUUCAUCUUCUUCGUUUUUCUUUUUUGGUUUACCUCUUACUCUCUAUACCUACUUCUUACCAUAAAAGUUCUUGCCAAAGCUGCCCUGGAACCCACCUCAAGAUCCCCCGAAAACUGCUCUCGGAUUCACAAGAAAGAUAGACAUAUAGAGAGAGCUAAAGGGAGAAAGGAGACAGUGAAGACAAAGUUGGAUUUUUGGUGAUCUUAGCUGGGCGUUACAACUAUAUAUUUAUAUAGAUAUUUUUCUAUUUGCUUUUGGGGGGCUUAGCCAGAAUUUUAUCUUUGUCAACUCUAUCUUUCUUGUAUUAUAUUCUGUCUCUCUUACAUUGGUACGUGAGAACAAAGAUAUAUAGAGUCCAGAGAGAGAGACUCAUUUCAGCGGCAAAACAGAAAAACCAAAGUCAGCCCUUGCCAGAGAAUCUAUAUAUGAAAACCCUACUUUCUCUCUCUAAUCUCUAUAUAAAGUUAAAAAGAAACAAACUCCAAUCCCCAAGACCCGCUUAGUAGAGUGAGAGAAGCAGAUAUCUAGCUAUUAUCUGUGUAGUUUCACACUUCGCAGCCUGCUUACUAGGGUUCGUGGGUUGCGAAAUAUGCCUGCCGGAGUGAUGAAUCCGGCGAGAAACAUGCCGUCGAUGAUUGGGAGUAAUGGAAAUGUUGGUGGGUUUGGAUCCUCUUCAGGGCUUACCCUUGGUCAGAUUGAAAAACAAUAAGCUAUAUAGCUAUAGCUUCAGGAAUCUUAAAGAUCUGUAGAUAAUGUUCCAGCCAAACAUGCUGAUGGAGGGCCAACUUCACCAUCUGGACAUGACUCAAAACACAUCCGAAAGCGAUUUAGCUCGAAUUAGAGAUGAAGAAUUUGACAGUACUAAUACUAAGUCCGGCAGUGAUAACCAUGAAGGUGCUUCCGGUGAUGAUCAAGAUCCACGCCCCAACAAAAAGAAGCGUUACCAUCGCCAUACGCAGCAUCAGAUCCAAGAAAUGGAAGCUUUCUUCAAAGAGUGUCCGCACCCAGAUGACAAGCAACGGAAGGAGCUGAGCCGUGAAUUAGGGUUAGAACCAUUGCAAGUCAAAUUUUGGUUCCAAAACAAACGCACCCAGAUGAAGACUCAGCAUGAGCGCCAUGAAAACACACAGCUUCGAACUGAGAAUGAAAAGCUUAGGGCCGACAAUAUGAGGUAUCGAGAAGCUCUUAGCAACGCCUCUUGUCCUAAUUGUGGUGGCCCAACUGCUAUUGGUGAAAUGUCUUUUGAUGAACAUCAUUUGAGGCUCGAAAAUGCUAGAUUAAGAGAAGAGAUCGAUCGUAUUUCAGCCAUCGCUGCAAAGUAUGUUGGCAAGCCAGUGGUGAAUUAUCCUCUUCUAUCUGCUCCAAUGCCUCCCCGCCCGCUUGAACUUGGUGUUGGGAAUUUCGGAGCUCAGCCUGGCAUUGGAGGGGAGAUGUAUGGAGCUGGAGAUUUACUUAGAUCGAUAAGUGCACCUAGUGAGGCUGAUAAACCCAUGAUAAUCGAGCUCGCAGUUGCAGCCAUGGAGGAACUCCUUAGAAUGGCUCAGAUGGGUGAACCAUUAUGGAUGAGCAGUCAUGAUGGAACAAAUUCUGCGCUAAAUGAAGACGAAUACAUCAGGAUUUUUCCUCGGGGAAUUGGACCUAAACCUGCUGGUUUUAAAUGCGAGGCUUCCAGAGAAACUGCUCUUGUUAUCAUGAAUCACAUCAACCUUGUUGAGUAUCUCAUGGAUGUGAACCAAUGGUCGACUGUGUUUUCCGGGAUUGUCUCAAGAGCGAUGACACUGGAAGUAUUAUCAACAGGAGUAGCAGGGAACUACAAUGGAGCCCUGCAAGUGAUGACGGCUGAAUUCCAACUUCCUACUCCACUUGUUCCAACUAGGGAGAGUUACUUUGUAAGGUACUGUAAGCAACAUGCCGAAGGGACUUGGGCAGUUGUUGAUGUUUCCUUGGACAAUUUACGCCCUAGUCCGGCUGCAAGAUGUCGAAGAAGGCCAUCUGGAUGCUUAAUUCAAGAAAUGCCUAAUGGAUACUCGCAGGUGACGUGGAUUGAACAUGUGGAAGUGGAUGAUAGAGGUGUUCAUAGCCUAUACAAGCAGCUAGUUAGCUCAGGCCAUGCUUUUGGGGCAAAACGUUGGGUAGCUACCUUAGACAGGCAAUGCGAGCGCCUUGCAAGUGCCAUGGCAACUAACAUUCCCACUGGUGAAGUUGGUGUGAUAACAAAUCAAGAAGGGAGGAAGAGUAUGUUGAAGCUGGCGGAGAGAAUGGUGAUAAGCUUUUGUGCUGGAGUGAGUGCAUCCACUGCGCAUACAUGGACAACACUAUCAGGAACUGGGGCUGAUGAUGUAAGGGUGAUGACACGAAAAAGUGUGGAUGAUCCUGGGAGACCCCCAGGGAUUGUGCUUAGUGCUGCAACUUCCUUCUGGCUUCCAGUUCCACCAAAAAGGGUUUUUGAUUUUCUUCGUGACGAGAACUCUCGAAAUCAGUGGGAUAUUCUAUCGAAUGGCGGGGUUGUCCAAGAAAUGGCACACAUUGCUAAUGGCAGGGAUACAGGAAACUGUGUGUCUCUUCUUCGAGUAAAUGUAAGUACCACACAGAGUGCGAAUUCGAGCCAGAGCAACAUGCUGAUUUUGCAAGAGAGUUGCACAGAUCCAACAGCCUCUUUUGUCAUCUAUGCGCCUGUUGACAUCGUCGCGAUGAAUGUGGUUCUUAAUGGUGGGGAUCCAGAUUAUGUAGCUCUUCUCCCCUCAGGAUUUGCCAUUCUUCCUGAUGGGACCACUGCGCAUGGUGGAGGCAUUGGUGGUGAAUCCGUGUCAGCAGGUGGAUCUCUUCUGACUGUUGCUUUUCAGAUACUGGUCGAUUCAGUUCCUACAGCGAAACUAUCUCUUGGCUCGGUUGCAACUGUCAACAAUUUGAUCGCUUGUACUGUUGAGAGGAUUAAGGCUGCUUUGUCGUGCGAGAAUGCCUGAGCUCCAAAUUGUUUUAUAUUCAUACAGUUCUUAACUGAAGAAGGAAACAAAGAGAGGAAAUGAGAAACAAAAAGAUGUGAAGAUUAUAUAUAUAGAAAAGAUGGAGAGAGAAGUCAAGAGCGCACCUCAGAUGAUCAUUUUGCACUAAGGGAUGGUUUUUGUUUAGGGUUAGAGGGAAACAGACUAAGCAUUUCAUCACUAGCGUUGAAAUGAAUUAGAGGUUCGGGUAUUGACUUCUCCAUAUGAAAAAAAGAAUCCUAAGUUAUAAUUAGACCUUAUUGUACAAGGUUGAGCUAUCUAUCCCCUUUUCUUCCAACUUAACAAUGUAGUUUAGAGAGGCAGCUACUGGGUUUUCCUUUGCUUUCCUUUUUGCUUUGUGCAAGUAGCUAAUUAAAUUCUGUCCUCUUUAUUUCCUUCUUCAAGUUGUAGUGUGUGUUCUCUGAAGCAUCAGUAAGUGGAAAAGAAGCUCACAUUUACUGAUAAAACAUUUGCUCCCACCCCCCCCCCCCCCCCCCCACCCCCCCCCCCCCCCCCCCCCCCCCUCUUUUUCCCAUCUUAAGAGCUUUAAAAAAUAGACUACUUUUCUUACUUGUCUUGUUA